CGCGCGUCGGCCGGGCGAUCGCGACGCGCGCGCUGACGCGGACCGUCGGCCGCGACGCGAGGCGCGACGCGAGGCGACCGACGAAGGACCGACGGGGCGACGGACGCGGUGGUUGACGGACGGACGGACGGACGGACGGACGGACGCGCGACGACGCGCGACGACGGGACGACGGGACGACGGGACGAGGCGACGAGGCGAACGUCGAUGGACGACGGCGCGAGAAGCGCGCGCGCCAGAGCGCGGACGAAGACGGCGCGGGACGAGGACGAAGACGGCGCGGGACGAGGCGCGGAGGCGGCGCGCGACGACGGGGCGGCGACGACGACGCGAACGACGCGGAUGGACGAGGACGGCGCGGGAGGAUUCGCGCGACGGAGUCGAAAUAUAUUCGCCGACGCGCAGCGACGGCAGUGGUGCAGAGAGCGGCAGAUCGGGGAGCGACGGGGAGGCGCGGCGAGCGCGAAGACGGGGGCGACGGCGCUGCGGUGCUCGAAUAAGCGCUUCGUGGAGGAAUUGAGGCUGAGGGAGACGCUGGAGAAGCACGGUGGGUGCGUGAAUUGCGUGAGUUGGAACGACGAUGCGUCGCUGUUGAUCUCUGGGAGCGAUGAUAUGACGGUGUGCGUGUGGGGGUGCGGGGCGAAGAUGCCGCUGAAGGGGUCGGCGUUCACGGGGCACACGCACAACGUCUUCGCGAGCGAAUUCGUGCCGCAAUCGAACAGCGCGUACUGCGUCACGACGUCCGCGGAUGGAGACGUGCGGUUGGUGGAUUUAGAGCGUGGGUUUCGAGGGCCCGCGCCCGCGCAUUACGGUUAUCGCCUGCGCGGGGCGAAUCAACCGAAUUCCGAGUGCAGUCGCUCGCUCUGGCACGGUCGAGGCGCGGGGAUGGGGUUCGGCAUGACGUUCGUGCCGAACGAACCGAAUACGUUUUUGUCGUGCCAUCAAGACGGUCGCGUUCGUUUGUUCGACUUGAGGCAAAGUCACGGUGGUUUCGAAGGAAACUCACACGAAAUCGUCGUCGAUUUGAGCGCGUGCGGGCCGACGUCGGAAAUCGUGUUCGACCCGACGGCGCCUACGACGUUCGCCGCGUGCUCGGACGAUCCUCACGUGCGCGUGUUUGAUCUCAGACACGUCAAGAGUAACCGGCGAGAAGCGGCGCGCGAAUGUCCAGCGGCACCGAGUCCGAGCACGUCGCCCACGGGUCAACCGAUGUUUCUGAGAUCGCCUCGGCCUUCGAUGAAUCACGACAUUCCGUGCGUCAUGAUGCUCAGUCCGCUCGAGCUCGGUCGAGGCGUGCGAAGCCCGGGCUUUGAGGGUAUAUCUGGCCUGGCUUACUCGUCCAAGGGCGAACUCGCGAUUAACUGCAAAGGCGACGACGUGUACCUGUUGGACACUCGCCGAGCGGCGGCGAAUAUCAAUUCUGAGGAACGUAUUUUUAAGUCGUUCUCCGUGCCGUGGGAAAUGCCGAUCACGCAUCAGGCGGCGAAGAGGUACGUCGGACGCAGAAAUGUGAAAACCUUCUUAAAGGGUGUCGCUUUUAUGUGCGACGAUGAGUACGUCACGACGGGUGGUGACGAUGGCAACGUAUACGUCUGGCACAAAGAUACGUGCGAGCUCGUGUGCAAAAUGCAAGCAGACAGUCAGGUGGUGAACACCGUUUUGCCGCACCCGCACUUGCCGACCAUCGUGUGCUGCGGUAUAGACAAUCACGUGCGCGUCUUCGAAGCUGGUGAUGGUGGAGUGCAUCUCGGCACCCCUCCCAUGCGCGAUGAACACGACGCUUGGGGAUUUGACGAAGAAGAUGACGAGGAAGAAGAAGAUACGGAUGAAGACGAUGAAGACGAAGCGAGCACCGAUAGCGACGACGACCACCGCGGCGAAAAUCUCGCGAGAUGGUCUCGAGCGCUCGUCGAUGCUGCGGAUGCGCCAGAAGAGGAUGACGACGAUGAUGCCGACUUUGAACCUGAUUCGAUGCGCGAAAACUAAACGAAUGUUCUAGCAUACUGUACUGUACAACGAUGGAGCUCGGAAAAACGACGCUGGCGACGACGAAGGAUGACAACCGCGGUCUGGGAUGAUUGCGAGAUGACGACGACGACGACGACGACGCUACCGAGCGAAAGAAUAUCCAAUUUUUAA